ACUUCAUUUCCCUCGCUUUAGUUGUUCCUCCCAACUGCUUCUUCUCCCCUCCGCUCUUUCAAAACCCUUAAGAAUCCUUGAAAACCACCGCUUUCUCGCUGAUUCAUUUCCAUAGUCAACCUCCAAGACUCGGUGGAAAAUCUUCCAACUGGAACAUAUAGUAGGCUUAUUGCGCGCUGUUAUAAAGCCAACUCAGUCUUUUUGAAAAAUUGUUCUAUGGAGCUGGUAGAAAGGACUGAAACAUCAUAUAGCAGGCCUCGCAAAAGGUCUAUUGUAGAAUCCUCAGAUGAACAUGGAGAGGAGGUGUUCAAGUUCCGAAUUCUAUUGCCUAAUGGCGCCAUCACAGACUUGACUUUACAUGGACCUGGGGAGGAGAUGUUUGUUGAUGAAUUUGUUGAUGUUGUGAGAAUAGAGUUUGAGAGAUCUGCAAAAAGAACACCCGGAAUUAAGCGGAAGAUAGUGUGGGAUGGAGACGUUUAUCUUGAAGAUCUAUCAGAAAAUAAGAUCAGAAAGAGAAUCCAUUUUAACCGCUUUAAAAGCAAUAAGCUGCACACACUCAGACUGUUUGAUGGAGCUGAAGAUACCGUCGAUACUUUUCAGAACAUGUGGGAUUUAACACCCGAUACCGAUUUGUUAUCGGAGCUUCCUGCUGAAUAUACAUUUGAAACGGCUCUUGCUGAUUUAAUAGAUAAUUCAUUGCAGGCAGUAUGGUCUAAUACUCUGGGUGAUAGGAGAUUGGUGAGUGUGGCAGUAACAGAUCAAGGGAUUUCGAUUUUUGAUUCUGGCCCAGGAAUGGAUGGGAGUGAUGAGAAGUCUAUUGUGAAGUGGGGAAAGAUGGGUUCCUCAAAUCAUAGGUCUUCUAAAGGAUUAGCUAUAGGUGGAAAACCACCUUAUUUAAUGCCUUUAUUCGGUAUGUUUGGUUACGGAGGACCUAUUGCUUCAAUGCAUUUGGGAAGGUGUGCUUUAGUUUCUUCCAAGACAAAGGAGUCAAAGAAAGUCUAUACUCUAUAUCUUGAGCGGGAGGCUUUACUCAACAACUCUCGUUCCGAAUGCAUUUGGAGGGUAGAACUUUUUAGAUUGCUGAUUGUUUCUGGAAGGAUGUUGCCAUAUUCUAAUACGGAUGGUGGGAUACGGGAUCCUCUAGAAGAUGAAAUUCAGACAUCACCUCAUGGUAGCUUUACAAAGGUUGAAAUUUAUGAGCCAAAAUUAAGGUGCUUGGAAGAAUUUCAACUACAAUGUAGGCUGAAGGACAUCUAUUUUCCAUAUAUUCAGUGUGAUGAUCUCCACAUAACAGGGAAGACAACUACACCUAUUGAAUUUCAGGUGAAUGAUGUUAAUUUAGCGGAAAUUGAGGGUGGGGAGGUUGCGAUUACAAACUUGCUUUCUUGCAAUGGUCCAGAAUUUGUUUUGCAGCUUCAUUUUUAUAUUAAUCUUGAUACUACAUCUAAAACUACAAGUAAUCAAGGUUCGGGAUCAUACCGUCAAGCCAAUGCACGCUUGAAGUGUGUUUAUUUUCCCAUUGUUGAGGGAAAAGAAAGUAUCGAUCGGAUCUUGGAGAAGCUAGAAGCUGAAGGAUGCAGAAUUUUAGAAAAUUUUGACAACUUCUGUCGUGUAUCUAUUCGUCGAUUGGGCCGCUUACUUCCUGAUGCUCGAUGGGGAAGGCUUCCUUUUAUGGAACCAAGACGAAAGGUGGAUAAAGGCCAAGUAUUGAAGAGGUGUUGCUAUAGAGUUAAAUGUUUUGUGGAAACUGAUGCUGGUUUCUGUCCAACACGCUCGAAGACUGAUUUAGCACAUCACGAUCCUUUUACUACAGCCUUGAAGAACUUUGGCAAUAAAUCUCUUGGGAAAGACUCAGAGGCAAUUGUUAAAGUACACAAAGGCGGUAAGCCAUUGAGUGUUUUGCAACUGGAAAAGGAAUAUCAAGAUUGGAUCAUGCAGAUGCAUGAACAAUAUGAUCAGGAAAUAGACUCUGGUGAGGAUCAACCUGUUAUUGUUGUCAGCCCACGCAACAAAAAGGAGCUUGGUAUUUCUUCAGAUGUUGUAAGAGUGCAUCAGGCCAUAAGGAGGAAAGGGGCUUCUUGGAAAUCGGGUCAGAAGAUUAAAAUUCUUAAAGGGGCAGUUGGAUGCCAUAAGAAUAAUAUUUAUGCAACAUUAGAGUACAUCUUGAUUGAAGGUUUUCAAGGCGAUGUUGGUGGAGAAGCACGCCUCAUAUGCAGGCCACUCGGUUGCCCAGAUGAGAAAGGCUGCUUACUUGCAGUGAAUGGUGAAAAUGCCAGUUUAGACAUUCGCAAGUCUAUAUCUUUCCCCAUUAGUGUUAUUGAUUCUGGGAAGUGUCAGGCGAUAGAUACUGCUACCUGGAAGUACCAACUUGAGAAGCGGCAUGAAAAGGCCCCUUCCACUAUUGACAUAUUAAAUAUCCAGCAGUGUCGCCAAUUAGAGAUCGAUGGGGCUCUCCCAGUAGGUGCCUCUGUUUCCGCUGGUCUUGCUCCUCCGAAUGAAAUUGUUGCUGUUGUUAGGCCUUUUAAUUUUGUUAGUUCUAGCUCCUCCAAAGAUCUUGAUCCAAAGUACAUUGUCAAGGACGAUCUUGAGAUGUCAAUGGAAGUAAAAUGUAUUGAUGGAAGUAAAGAUAAUAAUGAGUGUGAACCUGUUUGUGCUGAACGUGUUAAACCUUCAUCUCGUAGUGGGUUAAGCGGUUUAUAUAUUUUUCCUUUAGGAUGCAAAUUCCCAAGUCUCUUUCGUAAAGCUGGCAUCUAUAAGUUUUCUUUCUCUAUCUGUACAGGUUCGAGUUGUAAACCUUUGGAGAUGCAAGUUGUUGUCACACCAUGUUCUAUACCUAGGAAGUGGGGAAUUUUAUGUGAUAAACAGGGUCCAUUCGCUGAUGGAAAGCCACUUACUGUAAGGGUUGGUUCAUCUUUUCCGCAUCUGUCUAUUGCAUGCUACGAUAAGUAUUACAACCGGAUGCCAUUCGAGAGUACUCCUGAAGUGAAAGUCAAAAUAAUGGCUGGAGGAAGCACACUUGUUUGUGUCAAAGAAAUGAUGGUGGAUCUUUCCAUAAAUAAAAUGACUCUGCAAGUUACAGAUAUGCUGAUUGAAAGUAGUAACUUAGACCUGAUUCGGCCACAAUAUAAAGCAACCUUGGAGAUUUGCUCAGGGGAUGAGUUAUUCCCAGUAUCUGUUCCUUGUCAAGUCAAUCCUGGACAUCCUCAUCAUCUUAAGAUGACACGGUCCCCAAAAUUAGAGAACUCUUUGAUCCCUGGUCAUGUGAUCGACAAGCUUAUAUUAGAGCUAUUUGAUGCUUAUGACAAUCAUGUUGCGAAAGGGGUAGAAGUACGCGUAGAGGUGGAGGGAUUUUGUUUUCAAGGGCGUGAUGGUUGGAUGCAUAAGGUGGAUGAUCAUGGAUGUGUUAACCUUAGUGGGCUUCUAAAAGUCACUGGCGGCUACGGUACCAGUGUGCAUCUUUCUGUUUCAUUUGGUGGGAAAAUAUUAUUGAAGGAAGAGUUUCAAAUUGCUAAAAGAGAGUUGAGAAUGGUGUCUCAGGUACCUAGCCAUUGCAUUGCUGCUUCCCAGCUUGAAAAUAUUGUCUUUGAAGUUUUUGAUUCCGAGGGCAGAGUUGAUGAAGGGAUACAUGAUGAACCAACACAUGAUCAAUUUCAUGCACUUACAUUAACAUCAGAAUCAUCGCAAAUCGACAGCACAAUUCGGUAUACUUUCCGACGUGGGAAGUGCACCGUGCCUUCAAUUCCUGUUCCUCGAGAAGAAGGGGACUUCCAGUUUGUGGCUUCCCAUUCUCAUCACCCAGUGCUUCGAACUAGUGUUAAGAUUUUAGUUAUUCGGGCCCCGAAAUUGGAGCUGGCCACCCUAACUGAGCCAAGCACUCCCAUAGUCCAUUCUCAAUGUUCCGAUGGAAGGAUGUUGCUUCUCCAAGAUACAUAUGUCUUUGAUCCUAAGCAUGCACAUGCCUUGGUGGCAUCUCUCUUUGAAGAUGGGAAGAAACUUGAUAGAGGUCUUGCUAAAGUUGGGGUACAGAUUGGAAGCAUUGAAAACAAGCUGAAACUGCUCAAUGAUCGGAAGACAGCAAUUGCACGAGAAAUAUAUGAUUUGGAAGUUUUGAUGGAGCCUCUAUCCUUCAGUCCAUUUGACCAUGUGAUGGAUGCAAAAGACCUAGUAGUGAAAAGGAUUGAAGGCAAAGGUGAUGACGUUGUUGCUGUAUUCUGUAAUUUAUUAAAGACCAUUCAGAUUCGAGAACCAGAAAAACAGUAUGUGCAAGAUGUAAUCGGCGUUGUCGCUCUUCUUGGAACAGUAAACAGCUAUAGACUUAGUAGGAUAUUUGCAGAAUAUUUGGGUGAAGAUUAUAUGCUUGCGGUAGUCUGCAAGUCCAAUGAAGCUGUAAGUGCUUUAGAAAAGUAUGUUGAGAAAGGAGAAAUAGACUGGAGCUGUUCACUUCAUGAAGCAGCAUCCGCCUCGGAGAAAACUAUAAAUGGCCGGUUUCGUGUUAUAUGUCUGGAAGACAUAAGGCCGUACAGUGGAGACAUUACAGGCAAUGAUCGCCAAAGGAAACUGGCCUUGCCAGUUCCACUGUUACCAUCUGGGAGGACACCACAUGGAUUCCUAGGUUAUGCAGUUAAUAUGAUCAAUCUAAACAUGAAUAUGCAUAUUACGACUGCUGCUGGCUAUGGGCUUCGGGAAACCUUAUUCUAUCUUCUUUUUGGUGAGGUCCAAGUUUAUGAAACAAGGGCAGACAUGCAAGAGGCCAAUGCUUGUAUAAAGUCUGGGGCCAUCUCUUUGGACGGUGGAAUUAAGAGAGGAAAUGGCAUCCUUGUUGUCCUAGGAAAUUGUGAUCCAGAAAUCAGAUUUCCAGUUGAGCCAGAAGUUCUACGGUCCUCUCAGCACACCUUGGAUGUUGUAAAGAAGAUAACUGACAAGAAAGCUGAGAUGGAAGCCCUAAGUGCAGAAAUAUUGAAAGAGACAAACGCCCUUGCCAAAGCCCGCCACAAAUUUGGAAAGCGAAGAGAGCAGCUGUGCAAAUUUAUGGAAGAGAAGGCACCCUUCAUAAAGGAGGUUAUGGAGUCUAGAAAGCAACUUAUAGCUGAAAACUAGGAAAUGCAUUUUGCCGUAAAUAUGUAUGUUUUGUACAGUUCUGUUGCUUUUGAAUCUGGUGGUGGUUGCAUAAUUUCUGUAUAUAUUAUGGGAUUCUGAUUUUAUAAAAUGAAAACAGGAAGUCUCAACAUGCAUGCCACCUUUUGGAUACUU